UUCAAUUUCAAAGUUUUCCUUCUAUUUCUCCCUACAUUAGGCUUUAGAUUCAAUUAUCUACGGCACUAUUUAUCACUGCACAAUUUUUCUCUUAUCCUUUGAAAUCUUGAAACACUUUACUAAUAUUAAAAUCCGUUUUUUUAUAAGAAAGUUUUGAAAAGCUAUAUUAGUAUUUUGAAAGUUUUUGCUUUAUUUUUAAAUGCUAUAUGAACGGGUUAGUGUAUAUAGUUUAUAAUUUGAAAAAAAAUAGUUUUCCAAUAUGAUUUUUCAACUUAGUUAAUAAAGCGGGAAAAUAUAAACUGUCAUUAACCUCAAUAUUUGAUGUCUGGACGGAAUCAAAGUAUGUUAUCCAAAACAAGACAAUAACAAAGAAUCAGGAUCUAAUACACACUAAAAUAGGAUCUAUAACAUCUAUUUUAUGGGGUUUGAUUGAGGAUAUGUGUGUAAUUCAUUAAUGGAUAUCAAUUCCAAGUUUUGAGUAGAAAAUGUCCUCUACUUCGAAGAAUUAUUGUGAACCAUCAACCACAAGUGAUUCUGAAAAUAAUACUUUAAAUUCCGGCCAGUUACUGUUCAUGGAUGAAUCCACUGAGGACUUAGAUAAUUAUUUAAAUGCUCCAUUAACUGAUGAUCACUUAUCAUGUGUAGAAGAAGAAUUAGAAUGUCCAACAAUGAAUUCCCUUAGUAAAAAUAUCAAAGCCAAAUUUCAUAAGAGUUCAACAAACUGCAAAAAAAAUAAAUUCUUCAAAAGUAAAUCUUUGGAGGAAAAAAAGUUUGUUGAUUCUAGUGAAGUACCUGUGAUAAAUGAAGCCAUGAAAAAAAUUUUGAAGGAAUCAACAUAUAAACCUCCUCCAAAACACUCAAUCAAAGCUUUAAAAACUUACUCUAAUAAACAUAAAGAAAAACCUAUUGUUGAAACCUUUGCUUUACCAGAUGAACCCUUGGCAUCAUUAGAUACUUCUCAAAAAACAGAUCUGAGUUUAAUUAACUUGGACACGAAGUGUAUAGAGGAUAAUUUUGAUGAUUCUUUUAUAUUUAGUUCAUGGAUGACUUCUAAGUUUGCAGAGUGUUCAGAAAUUAAUUUAAGACAAGAUUUUAGACAAAAAUGUUUUGCUGAGAAUGCAUCAUAUGUAGAAGAGAAUAUAGAUUCUGAUCUUAGAGAGGGAUUCAACUUUGAUGAAGAUACCUUUGUUCAAGAUAUCAAAGAAUCUUCAAAUAUAAAUAAACCAGAAACAAAUAGAAGACCAGUGGUUUGUCUGAAACCUUUCAAUUUGGACGACAUUGAGCUAUUUAAAUCCAAUGAUUUAUCAUCUCUGACAAAUAGUAAAGAGUUACUUAUUGAGCGUUGGGAAAAAUAUGAUUCCAAAUUAACUGAAAACAAGAAGAUUCAAAAGACAAAACCACCAAUCGAAACUUUGAAAUUUAGUGAACCGGAGACUAGAAAGCCAAAUUUGAGAAGGAGUACUCGUUCAAAUACUACCUAUGUGGAUUUACAAGAUUCUUCUAAUACUUUUUCAACUGAUAGCAGUGAUGUAAGUUUUCAACCUGAUAUGUGUAGAGGUAACAGAUCAUCUGAACUACCUAAUGAUUUCUUGGGCAAUGUUAAAAAAAAUCAGAAAGAACCAUCUACAGAAAUAAUUGUAAGUAAAGUUCAAAGUACCAGUAUUUUUUCACCUAGAAGAUACACAAGAAGAAGUGCCCCUUCAUUUGUGAAUUUGGAGCCAUCCAACAGAAUAAAUAAAAUGUGUUCGUCUUACUUUGAGAAAUCUGACGAUAACUUCAAGGACAGUCCUAUAAAGGAACAGAGAGUUAGUGUGAAUAAACUUGAAAAGCAUAAUGAUUCUUCAGAAAAUAUCCAUUCUCCACCAUCAAGGAAUAUUCGAAUUUCUUUGAGGUCUUCAAAUUCCUCUAAUAAACUGAUGAAUAACAUCAGCCCUUCGAAGACGCAAACAUCAAAACCAGAAAUUACAAGUUCAAAAAAAAAAAUUCCAAGUUCUGAGCAAGUUAAAGGAAAUGAUGGACAAAAUCUCAACCAUACUAUAGAUAAGAGUGACACAUCUACACGAAAAUCUUCUAGGUUGAAAUUGAAGUUUGAUGAAAAUUCAGAAAAUCUACUGGAACCUACAAACACCGAAGAUGAAAAAAUUAACUUGAGUUUUGACAAAAGUAAGGUAAUUGAUGUUGAUUUGAAUAAUUCAAUUGAUGGGGUCAAUAUGCCAGUUAAGAAGGGGAGAGGAAGACCUAAAAAGAUAAUACCAUUACAAAAUGAGGAAGCAACAAAAGAAAUCAAAGAGAUAUCUUUCCAGUUUACAGAGAAUGAGAACUUAGAGAUCAGAACUUCAGAAAAUGUUUUGAAUUUAGAUAGUUCACCUCUGAAAUGUGAAUCAAUUGGAUUGAGAAAUUCCAAUUGCACAUCUCUCAAAAGCAGAUCUUCAAAGGCUGAUGGAACUAUUCCGAAUGAAUUUAAAACAGGUUUGAAGAACAAUGUUUGUACCUCUACAUCUAGCGAACAACCUCACAACGUCGAAAAUGAAAAGGAAAUGAAAUCACUUGAAUGUAUGUUGAAAUCUGAUAAAAAUAAAAGCUGUCCAUUAAAAAUACCAACUAUUGAAAUUACAAAUACUGAAAUUCCAGAAAUAAUCGAUUCUAAUGAAAAAAAAAUCACUGAUAUUGAUUUGAACAAUUCAAAGGAUAAAAUAGCAGGUCUUGAGCGAGAUUCUAAUGGAACAGUGCAAAAGAGGAGAGGAAGAUCUAAAAAGAGAACACCAGAAAAUGAGAUAGCAAAUCAAAACUCGACUAUUUCAAAUCAACUAGAAUCAGAUCUAAAGAACAACGUGGAUACUUCUAAGACUGAUGAAAAUGAAAAACAAGUUGUUUUGUUGAGACGAAGGGGAAGGUCGUCUAAAAGGAUAGAAAAUAUAUCAGAGGUCUUGAAACCUUCAGAAAACAGGAAAGAAAAUGAGGAAUCAAAUAAAAUGAAAGACAAAUUCGAGAAUGAGAUAUUAUACAAGUUCACUAACACACCAAAAGACAUUAAGAGUGAGGAAGUGAGCAACAUUAAAGACCGUAAGAAUUUAGAAAUUUUCUCAGAGGAAUGUAAGAAAUCAAUCUCAAUACAAAAUAGAAAGUGCAAUAAUGUACCUCUGGAAGAGAAUGAGACAAUAGAAAUUUCUAACAAAAAAGGUGCUCCAAACUCAUAUAUAGCCCCUUCAAAAUGUUCUGUUUCCCCAAAUCAAUCUUUCACUACUGGCCCAAAUGUUGAGGAAAAAAAUAAGAUGGAAAAUAAAGAGGUUCAAACUCAUCAAGCACCCAUAAAAAGAAAAAGAGGAAGACCUCCUAAGAUCACAAUGAGUCAUUUCAAUACAACAGUUUCUGAAAAGAGUGUCUCAUCAAAUAAUGAUGUAGAUAAACAUAAUGGCAAAAUAAUGAUUGGUGAAAGAAUAAUAAGAGAUAAAAUGGAAGAAAAUACCAGUGUUGGAGAAGACCAGAACAAGCAGAAAAAUAAUGAAGAAGCAUUGCAUAAUUGUGAUAAAAACCCAAACAAAACCAUUGAGUCAACAUCUGGUGAAAGUAACAGAAUAUUACAAAGUGUGGAAGACAAACAACUCUGCAGAACAGUUGAAAUAAGGAAAAAAGUGAGCAAUGAAUGUAAGAAAUACGUUGAAAAUAUUGAAAGCCCAAACUGUUCUAUUGAAGAAAACAACAUUUUUGAUAGUAAUAACAGCAAUGUAGAUCAAAAAGUUUUCACAAAAAAAGAAGAAUCAGUCGACAAUAAUAUGAAACUAGGGGGUGAAUCAAAGGUUUUUGAGGUAACUGGGGAUAUUCUUCCUAAAACUGAACUAAAAUUAAACAAUUUAAAAUCCUCUCAUGCAAAUGAGCUGAUUGACAAAAAAGAAAGCAAGGAUGACAAAACAACUUCAGACUACCACGAAACAUUAAACUAUGAAACAAAAGAGAAGACAAAAGAAAAAGACGAUUCCAAUAUUAAAUAUUCAGAUUUUGGAUAUGAUAUUAACAGAAGAACAUCGUUUCGAAAAAUUCUGGAAAGAGUUAUGGAAGCCAGUAGGUUAGACAUGAUGAAGUCUGAAGCCUCUAGAACCCAAAGAUGCAAGUCCGUUCCUCACGAAAAAUUCCAUCACAGCAGAGAAGUUGAUUUGAAAGUGAAAUCAUUUUCUGCAGAUUCGAAAACGAAAUAUUUGAGAGAUAAAAGGAAUGAAAAUGUGGAUCAUUCAAGAGUAAAAAGAAAUUUGGACUUCAAUUCACAUUCUAAAUUUUCGUUCAGGAAAAGGACAAAAUCAAUGCAUGUCACAGAUUCUCAAAACGUAGAAAAUAGGCAGUGCUUAAAAGAGAUAAAAUCAACUUUAGAACAGAUACGAAAUAAGAAUGAACAAAUCAAAAGAAUAGAACCAGAGAACAGCAAUAAUAUUAUUAUUAAAAAUAACAGUGUAGCAACAUCUACUGAUUGUCCAGAAAAAAUUAUAUCAAGACCUGAAAACUUUUUGAAAGACUUGAAUAACUCUAGUGAAAAUACGGAGUCUAAUAGUCAAAGGGAAGUGUUAAAUAAAACUUCAGAACCCAGUAAUAUUGGUGACACUGAUUCAGAAGGAUAUAAUACUGAUCAAAAUGACAUGGAAGUUGAAGAGUUAUUAUUGGGAGAAGUAUUGAAUGAAUCAUAUAAAAGGGAAAGAAGCAAGUCAUUUACAGAAGGUAUCAAAGUGAAUAAGGUUUCACAUCAAAGCAAAUCAGUAAUAAAAAAAAAAUACAGGAAAAAAAAUAGACGAUCUGGAGUAGCAAGUCAAUGUUCGGAAUCUUUAUUGAAAAAAGUUUAUGAUUUUGAGGUUGGAGAUUCUAUUUGGGGAAAAAUCGGCAACUACCCCUAUUGGCCUGGUUUGAUUGUAGAAGAUCCAGAAACGUCCACUUUCAAAAAAUUCAGAUUACUGAGGACAGCACCAUAUUAUCAUAUUCGAUUUUUUGGAGAUAAUGGAAAGAGAGCUUGGACUACUCAUUGCAUUCCCUACCAAGGAUCAGACGAUUUGGAUAAACUCAGAGUUCAAUGUGAUGAAGAGGGAGUUCCAAAUAACGAUUAUCUUGUCAAAACGCAGACAGAGAAAUGGAAAAAAGCAGUUGCUGAAGCAGAAAUUGUCAGAAACUAUUCUCCUGAAGAAAAAUUGAAAUUUUUUGAUAAAAUUUUGCCCAGUCAGAAAACGGAAGUUUCAAAAUUUCAAGAUAUUCUGGAAUUCAGUCCAAAAAGAGCGAGGAGUAAAUCUUUCUCUUGCACAACAAACAAAAUUAACUUAACUCUCAAAAGUAAUGUCUCUCCAAAAGAAAAAAUUCCAAUGAAGAUAUCAUCGCUAAUUGAAUGUAUUGAAAACGUGGUGAAAAAUCAAUCAGCUGAUAGUUCCCCUCAGUCUAAGACUGAGGUACGUUCACCGCAGAAAAAACGUAGUCCCCUCAAAGAUGCGGCAAAGGAUACUUCAGAAAAUUUGGGUCAAACUAAAGCUGAGACCAAAAAGGUUGCCACUCCACCAUCAAGAAGAAGGAGUAUUUCUGUGAAAGAUAGUUCUCUACUCUCAUAUAUCAAUGAUGUUGUAAAAAAACGGAGUCCCUCAAAAGAUGAGACAAAGGAUACUUUAGGAAAUAUGGGUAAAACUGAUGCUGAGACCAAAAACGUUGCUACUCCGCCAUCAAGAAGAAGGAGUAUUUCUAUGAAAGAUAGUUCUGUACUCUCAUAUAUCGAUGAUGUUGUAAAAAAACGGAGUCCCUUAAAAGAUGAGACAAAGGAUACUUUAGGAAAUAUGGGUAAAACUAAUGCUGAGACCAAAAACGUUCCCCCUCCACCAACAAGAAGAAGAAGUUUUUCUAUGAAAGAUAGUUCUGUAUUCUCAUAUAUCCAUGAGGUUGUAAAGAAACAGAGUCCCUUAAAAGAUGAGACAAAGGAUACUUCAGAAAAUAUAGGUAAAACUAAUGCUGAGAGUAAAAGUGUUGCCACACCGCCAUCAAGAAAAAGAAGUAUUCCUAUGAAAGAUAGUUCUGUACUCUCUUGCAUCAAUGAUGUUGUAAAAAAAUUUUGUUCCAAUGAUACUUCUCCAGAAGUAUCUGAAAAAAAAACAAAACCAUCAACGAGAAGACGUAGAGACAGUGAUACAGCUCUAGAAUUGUUGGAUAUUCCAGCGCCCCAAAUUUCAACUAUGACCACUCGACAAAACAAUAUAAAGUCUAUUGACAAAAAAUCACCCGUUAGAUCACCCAAGCAAUUGACAACUGAAACACCUAUUUCUUGCAGAGAAGACACGUCCCUCAAAAGAACAAGGUCGAGAUCCCUAUUGAAGCUUGAGAAACGACGACUUUCAAGCGAGUUCAAACAAGAUGAGGAGUCUCAAGGCGAAGACUCCAAAACGAAUACAGAAACAACAUGUAGCCCCCGAAGGAUGAAAUUGAAGCGAAGAACGAUUGCAAUUGGACAAACCAACAGUCAAACGAAGACCGAUAGUAUGAUAACAGAUUGUGUUUCUCGACUCCCUGAAUUCAAGAAGAACUUAUUCAGGGGAAUAACCAAAGAAAAGGUGUGUCAGUUAUGCGAAAAACCUGGAGAAGUUGUCAAAUGUCGCGGUCCUUGCAACGGCGAUUUUCAUAUCAAAUGUAUUGAGAACUUCUUGAAGGAAACGGAAGAAUCUACAUUGAAAGAAAGCGAGUUGAAGUUGGGAGAGUUGGAUUUGGAGAAGAACAAGACGCCACCAGACAGUAAGCAAGUUGAGAUAAGCACAAUUGUUUCAAGAGAUAAAUUCUCGGAUAAGGUGAUUUUGUCGCCUAUCAAUAAGAAAAUACCUAUUAUGGAGCAGUUUGACCGGAAGAUGAAAGAACUGAUGACCCAGGUUGAGUCUCGGAUCUCCAUAGAAUCGACCGAUUCAAGCAGCGAAGAGAUCGACUUAUUGGCUGAUAGACUAGAGGCGGCGAAAAAAAACAACGGUAGAAAUACCAAAAAACCUAAAGGACGUUUUAAACAUGUAACAGCCGACGACGUUUGCUUGAUAAACUUGUCCGAUAUUGACCCUCCAAACCAAAAGUCCACAACAAGCGAAAGUACCGAACAAGCAAGCAGCCUGGAAGAGGGAGUUUACAAAUGUCCGUUUUGCAUAUCAACGACCGUCAUACCACCAUGUUUCGUCUGUAACUCGAUAGUAUCCAAGAAGGGCAACACCAUGAGGCAGAGAUGUUCACUUCAGAAAUGCGGAAGGUACUAUCAUUUGGAAUGCUUGAACGUCUGGCACCAAACCCAGUGGUCCUUCAUACUCCACGACAAGAGGAAAACUGAAGCGUUUGACAGUUUCGUGUGUCCUCGACAUUCCUGUCACAUUUGCGCAUGCGAGAACAUGGGCUUCAGCAUGGGGAGGUGCCCGAACGACAAACUGGUGAAGUGUUUACGUUGUCCAGCCACAUAUCACAACAGUUACAACUGCGUUCCAGCUGGCACCGAUAUAUUGACUUCGACCCAAAUCAUUUGUCCCAGGCACGUUGAGGGAAACAAGAAAACCAACACACUGAACACGAUUUGGUGUUUUGUUUGUUCCGAAGGAGGGAAUUUGAUUUGUUGCGAGACUUGCCCCACGAGUGUUCAUGUCGAGUGUUUGCCAGUCAAUCUGUUGGAUGACGACACGUAUAUAUGCGAAGAUUGCGAAUCUGGAAGGUUUCCAUUGUACGAUGAGGUGGUUUGGGUAAAAUGCGGUACUUUUAGAUGGUGGCCGGCUAUUAUACUGUUUCCUAGUGAGAUACCUCAGAAUGUGGAGAGCAAACCCCAUAGUAAAGGAGAGUUUGUUGUGAAAUUUUUCGGUACCUACAAUUAUUUCUGGGUGGGUCGAGGCAGAACAUUCCUCUACCAAGAAGGUGAUACUGGUUGUCUGAGUAAUACCAAGAACAAGAUUGAUGAAGCUUUCGUCAGGGCUUUGCAGGAGGCGGCGAAUGCUUAUAGCUUCAAAAAAGGCUUAAGAGCAAAGAAGCAAAAAGAGGUGAACAACGGCCUUAAGCCACCUACUUAUGUUAGGAUUAAGGUGAAUAGACCUGUUGGAAACGUCAAGGUGUUUGAAGGGAACCUUAGUAAUACAACACCCUGUGAUUGUGAUCCUAAGGAUAAGUACCCUUGCGGUCCUAACAGCAACUGUUUAAAUAGGAUUCUUUUGACCGAGUGCAAUCCAGAAAUAUGCCCUGCUGGACAGAAAUGUAAAAAUCAGUGCUUUGAGAAGAGGGAGUAUCCCCAGGUGAUACCCUACAGGACGACAGGAAGAGGUUGGGGAUUAAAAACAUUGGAACUUAUUAAGAAAGGACGGUUUGUUAUUGAGUAUGUUGGAGAAAUAAUUGACGAUGAGGAGUACCAAAGGAGGAUAUCUAGAAUGCAUCAGCAAAAAGAUGAAAAUUAUUACUUUUUAACGAUAGAUAAAGAUAGGAUGCUGGAUGCUGGACCUAAAGGUAACGUUGCAAGGUUUAUGAAUCAUUCCUGCCAACCUAACUGUGAAACGCAGAAAUGGACAGUUAAUGGUGAUACAAGAGUAGGUUUAUUUGCGAUUGAAGAUAUAGCAGCUGAUACCGAACUCACUUUCAACUAUAACUUGGAGUGUGUUGGGACUGAAAAAAAGAUAUGUAGAUGUGGGGCUCCCAACUGCAGCGGUUUCAUCGGGUUGAAACCAGAUGAUCAGAAGCAAUUGAGGAAAACUUCUUCGGUAAAGACAGUUGACCAAGAAAAACAAAGUGAUACUACAGUUAAAGAUAAAUGCUUUAUUUGUAAUACAGAAGGGGACUGUUUUAAGUGUUCACAUAAAAUGUGUCUCAAAUCAUACCACCUUGAGUGUGUUCAAUUAGAUUCAUGGCCUUAUAAUGGCAGAUGGAACUGUCCCGCCCAUAACUGCAAUAUUUGUUCUAAGAGAACUUCCAGAAUAUGUGUUCUUUGCAAUAAUUCAUACUGCCCUUUUCACUCUGUAGGAAAGAUUCGAUAUGAUGAUUCCUUAGGAUUUCUCUGCUCUGAUCAUGAACAGGUAAAGAAGAAUACUCGAAGAAAAUCCAACAGAGUCUGUGAUACUACAGAGCCCAGUACAAGUAAUGUCUCAGGUAUUUCUGAAAAGAAAAACUCUUCAGAAGGUGAAAGAAGUGAAUCUCUUCGUUCGGAAAGAUACAAGAAGAGAAUUAGUUGCUCGGAGACCAAGAAUCCAGCGAAGAGAAUGAAAUUAGAUCAAUGAAUAGAUGUUACCAAAAAUUAGGUUUUGCAUAAUAUUUGAAUAUAUGUAAAUAUUUCAACUUUCCAUUAUUUCAGAACUAUAUCUCUUAUAUUUUCUUUUGUACAUUUUUGUGAUGUUGGUUUUUAAUAUCGAUUAUGUAUGCACUGUGUCUUAAUAUAAAUCGUCAAAAACAA